AAGGACAUGUUAUAAAACAAGUUAGGGAAAUAAGGCAGAGAGUGAGGGAGCGAAAAGAAAGGGGAUUUUUAUUUCAGUUAUCCUCCCAUUUUUCUCUCCUUCUAUAUCUGUUUGUAUCUGUAUAUGUAUCUAUCUAUCCUCUCUAUUUCUAUUCAUCUCCAUUCAAAUUAGGGUUUUUAUUCUUCAAAGUUCAAUCAAUUACGUAGCCAUGGCGUAUGAUUUGAUCGCGAAAGACGCUGUAACCGGUUUCUCCAAAGACAUUGGCAAGAAAAAACGGAACAAUAGAUUGGCGAAACUGAAACAGAGCAAGCUUGAUGUUCGGCGCGAACAGUGGCUCUCGCAAGUUAAAAAUAAAGAAUUGAAAGCAGAUUCAAAUGGGCGGGGCAUAUCUCCUACAUUGUUCUCCCUGGUCAGUGCUGAGGGGAACAAAUUAUCUGAGAAUUCAGAGUUGGGGACAAAGGAGGUGGAUAUUGAGGUGUCAAGCAUUCAUGAAAUCGAUUUGGACUCCCUGAUGAGCAGUCCAGUUGGCAGCAGUAAUCUUCCUGAUAGUAGCUGUAGCUGUGCCAGUAGCAGGUGUUGUUCUGUCAGCGUAAGCGAAAACGAAGAGGAGGAUAGUUGUUUGGAUGAUUGGGAGACUAUCGCCGAUGCCUUGAUUGCUACAGAUACAGGCCAUGACCAGAAAAUUGUCUCUCCUCCCCAGUCCGUGAAAAAUAAUGGCUCAACUGACCCUAAAUCAGUAAAUCAAAAUUCUCAUGUUCCCUUGAAAGAAAAGGAGAGUAAGAAAAUGGUACCUGGGGUCCGGGGGAAACCUCAGGCAUGGCGGUUAGGUGAUGUUUCCCGCCCGCAAAGUCUUCCGAACCUUGUGAAGCAAAACUACCAGAAGAUGAGGUCUAGUAGGAGAGCAACCGCCACAUGGGCGAGGCAAAAUGUGGAACCUCAACCAUCUUCAUGCCCAAUAUGCUAUGAGGAUCUUGAUCCAACAGACUCGAGUUUUCUUCCGUGUCCUUGUGGGUUCCACCUUUGCCUUUUUUGUCACAAAAAAAUUAUGGAGGGUGAUGCAAGAUGCCCAGGAUGCAGGAAGCAGUAUGAACACGUCGAAGGGGAUUUAGGAUUCAGAGCAGAGGUGGAUUUAAACAAAGCCAGCUAUGGCAAUCUUCGUACAUGGAUAUUUUGAUUCUUUUUACUGGUAAAUGAACUCAUAAAUUGUAAAAGAAUUUACGUAGAUCUCUCUUCUCAUAAAAUGACAAUCACUUCGUGAUA